AUGACAUCCUUUCAAGAAGUCCCACAGACUUCCAAUUUUGCCCAUGUCAUCUUUCAAAAUGUGGCCAAGAGUUACCUUCCUAAUGCACAUCUAGAAUGUCAUUAUACCUUAACUCCAUAUAUCCAUCCACAUCCAAAAGAUUGGGUUGGUAUAUUCAAGGUUGGAUGGAGUACUGCUCGUGAUUAUUAUACAUUUUUAUGGUCCCCUAUGCCUGAAAAUUAUGUAGAAGGAUCAACAGUAAAUUGUGUAUUAGCAUUUCAAGGAUAUUACCUUCCAAAUGAUGAUGGGGAAUUUUAUCAGUUCUGUUACGUUACCCAUAAGGGUGAAAUUCGUGGAGCAAGUACACCUUUCCAGUUUCGAGCUUCUUCUCCAGUUGAAGAGUUGCUUACUAUGGAGGAUGAAGGAAAUUCUGACAUGUUGGUGGUGACCACAAAAGCUGGCCUUCUUGAGUUGAAAAUGGAAAAAACCAUGAAAGAAAAAGAAGAACUGUUGAAAUUACUUGCCGUUCUGGAAAAAGAAACAACACAACUUCGAGAACAAAUUGAAAGGAUGGAAAGAGAACUUAACCAUGAAAAAGAGAGAUGUGACCAAUUGCAAGCAGAAAAAAAGGAACUUAUUGAAGUAUCAGAAAAUUUAAAAAUGGAAAAUGAGGAACUUAAGAGAAGAUACAAUUAUGCUACAUCCAAAGCUGUCAAGCUUGAGGAAGAUAUUCUGUUAGUGACAAAUAAAUCAAUUGAAAAAGAAACUGAAUUAGACAGUUUAAAGGACAAACUCAGGAAGGCACAGUGUGAAAGAGACCAACUUGAGUAUCAGUUGAAGACAGAAAAAGAUGAGAAGGAACUUUACAAGGUCCAUUUGAAGAAUAGAGAAAUAGAAAAUACCAAGCUUGUGUCAGAAGUCCAAACUUUAAAGAAUUUAGAUGGGAACAAAGAAAACAUGAUUACUCAUUUCAAAGAAGAGAUUGGCAGACUACAAUUCUGUUUGGCUGAAAAGGAUAGUCUGCAAAGAGCUUACCUGCUCACCACCUCAAGUAAGGAAGAUACAUUUUUGGUAAAGGAGCAACUUCGUAAAGCAGAGGAGCAGAUUCAGGCAACUCGACAAGAAGUUGUCUUUCUGUCUAAAGAACUUAGUGAUGCUGUAAAUGUACGAGAUAAAACGAUGGCAGAUCUACAUACCGCACGCUUGGAAAACGAGAAAGUAAAAAAGCAGUUAGCUGAUGCAGUGGCAGAACUUAAACUAAAUGCUAUGAAAAAAGACCAGGAAAAAACUGAUACACUGGAACAUGAACUGAGAAGAGAAGUUGAAGAUCUGAAACUUCGUCUUCAGAUGGCAGCAGAUCAUUAUAAAGAAAAAUUCAAGGAAUGCCAGAGGCUCCAAAAACAAAUAAACAAACUUUCAGACCAAUCAGCCAAUAACAAUAAUGUCUUCACAAAGAAAAUUGGAAGUCAGCAGAAGGUGACUGAUGCCUCAAUAAACACAGACCCAGCUACUGCUACCUCUACUCUAGGUGUAAAGCCACUGCCUUCUGCAGCUGAGACAGAUUUUGACAUUGUAACAAAAGGGCAAGUCUGUGAAAUGACCAAAGAAAUUGCUGACAAAACAGAAAAGUAUAAUAAAUGUAAACAACUCUUGCAGGAUGAGAAAACAAAGUGCAGUAAAUAUGCUGAUGAACUUGCAAAAUUGGAGCUGAAAUGGAAAGAACAAGUAAAAAUUGCUGAAAAUGUAAAACUAGAACUAGCUGAAGUAGAGGACAAUUACAAACUUCAAUUGGCAGAGAAAGACAAAGAAAUAAAUGGUCUAACUUCACAUUUGGCAAACCUCUCCAGGGAGAAGGAACUUAAAAGGACUCUGGAAAACCAAGCAGAAGGGAACAUGGAAGGCCAGAAUUCCCGGAGUCCUCAGCAGAUCUCACAGGGGCUCAACACAUGCUCAGAGCAAAAUGGUCAUGUUUCUGCAGUACCACAUACUCAACCAGUUCUGCAAUAUGGUAAUCCUUAUGCAACACAGGAGACAAGAGAUGGAGCAGAUGGUGCUUAUUACCCAGAUGAAAUCCAAAGGCCACCUGUGAGAGUACCCUCUUGGGGCCUGGAAGAUAAUGUUGUCUGCAGCCAGCCUGCUCGAAACCUUAGUCGGCCUGAUGGUUUAGAAGACCCUGAGGAUAGUAAAGAGGAUGAGAAUGUGCCCACUGCUCCUGAUCCUCCAAGCCAGCAUUUGCAUGGGCAUGGAACAGGCUUCUGCUUUGAUUCCAGCUUUGAUGUUCACAAGAAGUGUCCCCUCUGUGAAUUAAUGUUCCCUCCCAACUAUGAUCAAUGCAAAUUUGAAGAACAUGUUGAAAGUCACUGGAAGGUGUGCCCAAUGUGCAGCGAGCAGUUCCCUCCUGACUAUGACCAGCAAGGGUUUGAAAGACAUGUGCAGACCCAUUUUGAUCAGAAUGUUUUAAAUUUUGAUUAA